AUGACAAAUACUUUGGUUAAAAAAGAUUUUGCUGAAGUAGGUUUUGCAAAUAAUGUAACUAAUGAUGAUGUUAGUACUGGUGCUGGUAAUGUAAAAGAUUCAAUAAAAAUUUAUUAUGAGAUUCAUGGAAAUGGACCAAACAAAAUAUUAUUUGUAAUGGGAUUAAAUGCAACGUCGGGUUCUUGGGAAUAUCAAAUAAAUUAUUUUGGAAAUCAUAAAGAUUAUCAAAUAUGUGUUUUUGAUAAUCGUGGUGUUGGAUGGUCAGGUAAAAAAUAA